AUAAUGUUUGAAGAGAAAUUCUUAAAGUAAUGUUAAAUGUAUGAAUUUUAAUUGAACACUUUCAUUGUUUAAUCUAAACUGCGCGAGUGCAUUAGUAUUACUUACCGAUUAUUUGAAAAUUUCACACAAUGGCUUUUAAAAUUCUCCAAAAUCGAUUUAUUUCUUGCUGUGAUACUAGUUUAUCGAAUAUUUCUGUGUUAAGUUCGCCGGUCUUUCGUGGAAAUUCCAGAAAAUAUGGAACUGAUAUUGGUAAAAGAAUCGUUGUUCAGAACUCGGUUGUCGAUAUGGAUGGCGAUGAGAUGACUAGAAUUAUAUGGGCUAAAAUUAAAGACUCGUUGAUAUUUCCGUAUGUCAAAGUGAACGCUUUAUAUUAUGAUUUAGGAUUACCACAUAGAGAUUCGACAAAUGAUCAAGUUACUAUCGAUGCAGCAUUAGCUGUUAAAGAGCAUAACGUUGGUAUUAAAUGUGCUACGAUAACACCAGAUGAAGCUAGAGUUGAAGAAUUUAAAUUGAAAAAAAUGUGGCUAAGUCCAAACGGUACUAUUCGAAAUAUACUCGGAGGUACGGUGUUUAGAGAACCUAUAAUAUGUAAAACGAUUCCAAAAAUAGUACCUGGUUGGACAUCAGCUAUAGUCGUAGGUAGACAUGCUCAUGGAGAUCAAUAUAAAGCUACUGAUUAUGUUGUGAAGAAACCUGGUAAAGUAGAAUUAGUGUACACGAGUGAAACCGGCGAACAAGAACGAUUUACAGUGUUUGAUUUCAAAUCACCUGGUGUUACUUUAGCUAUGUAUAACACCGACGAAUCAAUUAUAGAUUUUGCACAUUCGAGUUUUCAAAUGGCAUUGCAAAAGAAAUGGCCUCUUUAUCUUUCUACUAAGAAUACCAUAUUGAAGAAAUACGACGGAAAAUUCAAGGAUAUUUUUCAAGAAAUCUACGAAAGGGAUUACAAAACUAAAUUUGAAGAGAAUAAAAUAUGGUAUGAACAUAGAUUAAUCGACGAUAUGGUAGCUCAAACUCUCAAGAGUAGUGGAGGCUUCAUUUGGGCUUGUAAAAAUUAUGAUGGGGAUGUUCAAUCUGAUAUUGUAGCUCAAGGAUACGGUUCCUUAGGCUUGAUGACCUCGGUAUUAGUAUGUCCUGAUGGUAAGACUAUUGAAUCAGAAGCUGCUCAUGGUACGGUUACUAGACACUACAGGCAAUAUCAAAAAGGCUUGCCAACAUCUACAAAUCCUAUUGCUUCCAUCUUUGCUUGGACUAGAGGAUUAAAACAUCGAGCUACUUUGGAUUCGAAUACCGAACUAGAUAGAUUUUCAGUAUUGUUAGAAGAAGCUUGCGUCGAUUGUGUCGAUUCAGGAAAAAUGACGAAAGACUUAGCUGCCUGUAUUCAUGGUUUAGCAAACGUGAAAGACACCAUGUACUUGAAUACGGACGAUUUUAUACUAGCUGUUAAGGACACUUUGGAUCAAAAAUUGAAAUCGUGAUAUACUCGAAUUAAUGUGUACAAGAAAUACCUACAUAUGUGUACUUACUAUGCUUUAUUCACAUACUUUUUUGUACAAAGUUCAUGUUCAUAAAUAUUUGUGUUUUCUAUUUUCAAUAAAAAAAUAAAAAACUAAAAGUAGUAAUACUUCA